AAUUGUUCAGGAAGAACGCGUCUCCGUUUAUUUACACUUUCCAGCCACCUUGUGUUUAUACAAAGAUGAGUAAGAAAGUAAUGGUUAUCGUCCAUGUGUGAACAUCAAAGUAACUUGGUGAUUUUUUAAAGGAAGGCAUACAUUUCAAAACAUAUAAAAUGAUAUAUUAGGUAUCUUUAAAAAAAGAUCACAGACAUGUUGUACAACAUUUUUAUAAUAAUUAUCAUAUUUUUAAAUUCUGGUUUGGCUCAACGACAAAGAGAAAAAAUUUGUCCACGAGGCUGUCGAUGCGGACUGCCGCUAACAGUAAGAUGUAUAAAUAUUGGAUUGAAACGUAUACCGAGUGCGAAUAUACCUAACGAUACAAUCGUUUUAGAUUUGAGGUAUAAUCAAAUCAGCGAGAUAAAAAAGGAAGAUUUUAAUACUCUUCCUCAUCUUGAAAGAUUAUUUCUUGGAAACAAUUUGUUAAAAGAUAUUGAACCAUUUUCAUUUUUAAAUCUUAAGAAGUUGAAGCAUUUAUAUUUAUUUAGCAACAAGUUAGAAAGUAUAAAUGAAAAUACUUUCUCUGGUUUGUCAAAUUUAGAACAGUUAUACUUACAAAAUAAUGAAAUUGAAAGAAAUUCACCGAAAGCAUUCUCUGAUCUCGUGUCCUUACAAAGAUUAUAUCUACAUCGAAAUAAGCUGACAGAAAUUGAUAAGCGUGUUUUGUCACCAAUGAAACAAUUACGCAGAUUGAAACUCAGUUCAAAUCACAUUCCGUGCACGUGCCAUUUUGCGCGACUUGUGAAAGACAUCACACUUGAAGGGAACAUACAUCUGGGAGCUACUUGUAUUUACAAAGAUGUAGAACACCAAGCUAACAGUUUGAAAUACUCAGAUCUGGGAUGCUAUAAACCGACAUUUAUAACCGAUCUUACAAGGCAGAUAGCAGUGCUUGGCGGCAUAGUAAAAUUGCCAUGCAAAGCCAAAGGGAAUCCCCCACCCGAAAUAUCGUGGCUAAAAGAUGGUAACCGCAUCAAUGCAAAUAUAAGUCAUGAGUUUCAAAGCGAUGGCACCUUAGUGUUAAGUCCGAUCACGGUAGAAUCUUCUGGCUUCUACCAAUGUGUUGCUGAAAAUGUUAUUGGGAUUAAGGUCCUUGGUACAACUGUUGGAAUUGUUGCGGAUGAAGUCAUACCUACUUUUCUUGAAACACCAACAAAUAUUGAUGCUAUUGUUGACAGCAUAGCGUUGUUUAACUGCCGUGCUACUGGAUACCCAAGACCAAGUGUUAUAUGGGUGAAAAAUGGUCAACUGAUACAAGAAGAAAAAGAUAGAUUUAAACUCUCAACAACUGGCGACUUAGAAAUUCAAUCACUUCAAAUUAGCGAUGCUGGUUAUUAUACCUGUCGUGCAGAAAACAACGUCGGGAGUGUGACACACACAGCUAAACUAGUUGUGAAAGCUCCCCCGUCAUUUACAAGAACACCGAGUAACCAAAACAUUUUAGACGGCGAAACGGCCUCCUUUAAAUGUAAAGCAACUGGCUAUCCUGCACCGGCUAUUGCUUGGCUCAAAGACGGCAACCGAUUACCUUCUGACGGCAAGCAUGUCGUGUUACCAUCUGGUACGCUGCGAAUACUGUAUGCUCGUAAAGAAAACGCGGGUACAUAUGAAUGUCAAGCCAUAAAUGUUAUUGGUGUGGUUGCUGUGCGUGCAAAUUUAUCAGUCAGAGCGCGAAUCAAGCCAAAAAUUACUGUAAAGCCCGCAGAUAUGACUGUACAGUCUGGAAAUACAAUAAAUUUUCAUUGCGCAGCAGAAGGCGCGCCGAAGCCGGUUAUCGCAUGGAGAAGAAACGGUGUACAGGUAACUAAUGGCAACCGAUUUAGUGUAAACUCGGUGACUGGUGUAAUUGAAAUUAAAGAUAUUGGAAAUGUUGAUGCUGGUCGAUGGGAAUGCGUGUCUAGGAACAGUGUUGGAUUUGCUUCAGAUUCUUUCAGUCUCACAGUUAUUGGUCCAAAAAAUGGAACAUAUGAAGGUGAUCGCUUUGUUGUUGAAUCUGUCAAGCAAGCUCUUCUAGAAGUUGAUGGUGCUAUCGAAUUGACAAAAAAGAAAUUACAAACAUUUCAGCCACGGUCACCUGCGGACUUAUUAGCAUUAUUUCGUUUUCCUUCUCCUGAUGCUAUAAAAAUUGCAAGGUCAGCAGAAAUAUUCGAAAUAGCUUUGGAACUCAUUCAAAAGAGUGUAGAUUCAGGUAUUUUGCAUAAAGGGAUGAAACAGAACUACCAUUUUAAUGGGUUGGUUUCACCAGAACGCAUUCGGUUACUGGCCAAUCUGUCUGGAUGCACUGCACAUCAUCGUCUUGUUAACUGUUCGAACCUUUGUUUUCACCGAAAGUAUCGCUCAUAUGAUGGUUCUUGCAACAAUUUUAACCACCCUAUGUGGGGUGCUGCUCUUACGCCCUUUUCCCGCCUCCUAAUCCCUAACUAUGAGAAUGGUUUUAACACUCCAAUUGGAUGGAAUGACACUCAGCUGCCAAGUGCCAGAAAAGUUUCCUUAGAUAUCAUAUCUAGUGCUAACGUUACGGCAGACAAACAAUAUACACAUAUGUUAAUGCAGUGGGGUCAAUUUUUGGAUCAUGAUAUGGAUUUUACUGUCACUAGUCCCAGUACCUCUCGUUUUAAUGAUGGUACCUCUUGUCGUGAAAGCUGCGAAAACCAACAACCUUGUUUUCCUAUCAAAAUACCAGAGGACGAUCCUCGUAUCAAGCGAUACAAAUGUAUGGAAUUCACUCGAUCAAGUGCUGUCUGUGGAAGCGGUUCUACGUCUGUAUUUUUCGACACAAUUACGCCCCGUCAGCAAAUAAACCAAAUUACGUCAUUCAUUGAUGCGUCUAACGUGUACGGUUCUUCUGAAAAAGAUGCAUAUGACUUAAGGUCCUUUGAAGAAGAUAGCGGUUACUUAAAACAGGGAAUGCAUUAUAAAGAUGGGAAGUUUCUGUUGCCUUUCAACCAGAACACUCCUAUCGAUUGCCAAGUAAACAAAUCUGAAAGUCGGGUGCCGUGUUUUUUAACAGGAGAUCACCGUGGCAACGAACAACUUGGUUUGCUUUCCAUGCAUACGUUAUGGAUGCGACAACAUAAUCUCUUAGCGCGACGGCUCCGUCGUUUUAAUCCACAUUGGAAAGGCGAGAAGGUAUACCAGGAAGCGAGAAAAAUCGUAGGCGCACAAAUGCAGCACAUUUCUUAUACCGAAUGGCUCCCGAAAAUACUCGGUAAACAAGGAAUGGCGAAAUUGGGUGAAUAUACCAGAUAUAAUCCGAAUGUUGAGCCGACAAUAUUUAAUGCAUUCGCUACUGCUGCUUUUAGAUUCGGUCAUACUUUAAUUCAACCAUUUCUUGCUCGUCUGAAUAAAUCAUUUGACGAAAUUCCCGAAGGUAAUUUACCAUUGCAUAAGGCUUUCUUUUCCCCCUACCGCUUGAUCGAGGAGGGCGGUAUUGAUCCUUUAUUAAGAGGUUUAUUUGGAACUCCAGUAAAAGACCGAAAAGCAACCCAUCAACCGUUUAAUUCCGAACUCACUGAACACUUAUUUGAAAUGGCGCAUGCAGUCGCACUGGAUCUUGCUGCGUUGAAUAUCCAACGUGGAAGAGACCAUGGGUUACCUACAUACAAGAGUUGGCGUUCGAUUUGCAAUAUGAGCGAUGUUAACCGUUUUGAAGAUUUAAAGAAUGAAAUAAAAAACAAAAAACUUCGAGAAAAAUUGAAAACAAUUUAUGGAUCAGUGGAUAAGAUUGAUUUAAUAGUUGGUGGAAUAUUAGAAGACCCUCUCCCUGGUUCGAAUUUAGGUCCUUUGUUUAUGUGUUUAAUCUCCUUGCAGUUCAAAAGGCUCCGCGAUGGAGAUAGGUUUUGGUACGAAAACCCGGGAGUGUUUACACCAGAACAACUUACUCAAAUCAAACAAACAACGUUGAGUCGCGUUAUAUGUGACAACAGUGAUGAUAUACGUCACGUGCAACGUGAUGUGUUCACACGUGUGACGCGCACAUCUGACUACACACCCUGUUCCCAACAUCCUGUCGUCGACGUAAGGUUUUGGAAAGAAUGUUGUAACGGAGAUGACGCUUGUUCUUCUUCGGAUCACACAAACACACUGACCAAUUAUCUUCAAGAAAAUCGUUCGAGCUCUCCGCGGAAGAGGUCAACGCACCGUCACCGAAGAUCUUUUACUGAUAUUGAUGAAAGUCCGUUUAACUUUAAUAACACUGUCGUUGAAGAAACAGAACUACCUGUGGUGGUUGGUAAAAAGCAAAACUUAAAAUCUAAAAUUAAACUACUGAAUAAGAUAAAAUCGAUGACAAAGAAAAUAAAAAAGUUCUCUCGAAUACUUAAAGAAAUGAAGAAGCAGUUAUCAGAAUUAAGAAAUGAAAUACUUGAUGACUCGACAGAUUUAAGCGAAGCAUCUCCUUCAAAGAGCUGUGUUGAAAACGAUAUUGUGAGAGAUGAUGGAGAGCACUGGUUUGAUAUUUUUAACAGGAAAUGUUUUUGCGUGAACAAGAAAAUCAACUGCUCCAAAUGAAGAGGAUCUUGUGCAAAAGCUGCACAAAAUAAAUUUUAACUUAAUAUUAUCAUGUGUGCGCAAGAACGAAUCAACCUCAGAAUUUGUAUUCUUGCUGUAUUUAAAUUCUUGUGGUAACCAUCUUUAAAAUGGAGCGUUACCAGCAGUCAUUUCACUGGAUGCAUCUGGAACAUUAUUUAUUCACGCUUGAGAAUUUGGUUUGGUUGCAAGCACGUUCCAUCAAAUUUUAUCGUUAAGUCGAUUAUUUUAGAAAGAAACAUAUUCCUUAGGAUGUAA